CAACUCAAACGUGCACGUAUUGGCUCAAUGGGAUUUAACAGUCCAGAUGUCAUUAAGUCUUGUAUUUGCAUGUUUUGAUGUACGUAUGCAAUGUAAGGAGCAGUCUGCAAGGUGGUAUCUAUAGACAAGUGUCGCAAAGUUCUGGAGGAAAUAAGGUGAAUUCUCCCCACCAAAUUUACUCCAACCGGAUACCGGUUCUUCCCCUCGCCUCUAGGACUUCUGGGAAAUGUAGUUCCUGUGUUCCAUGUCGCGGGCAAACGGAUGCCGGCAAUUGGAGUUUCCUCAUCAUGGAUGCUUUCUACUCCAGUGGAGUGUGGAUUGCGGAGAUACUUCAGACCAGUUUGCCAGGACUGGAAGAAUUUUGGCUUUGGGUGACCUUCUUAGGUGACCCCAAAUGCGUCUUCAUCAUUUAUUUCCCUCUCGCUUACUUCCUGCUGGACCAGAAGGUUGGAGUGAAAGUGCUUUGGCUUGGCCUAAUCUCUGAAUGGCUCAAUUUAGUCUCUAAAUGGUUCCUGUUUGGUGAGCGACCUUUCUGGUGGAUGUUUGAAUCCGGUUUUUACAAAAAGGAGGAUGGCUUCCCUCGCCAGUUCCCUGCAAGUUGCGAAACAGGACCAGGGAGCCCCUCAGGCCACUGUAUGAUCACUGGUGCAGCCUUAUGGCCAGUAGCAACCACUCUGACUGCACGGAUAUCCCAGCACUCCAAAAGCCAGAUCGCAAAGGUGGUGCCCAUGCAGGUCUAUCUCCUCCUUUUGCUGGCUGUGGGCCUCUCGCGUGUCUUCAUACUUGCUCAUUUUCCCCACCAAGUCCUCGCUGGGAUUUUGGCAGGAAUCAGCCUGGGUUGGCUGCUGCAAUCUCGGGUUCCACUGGAGAGAGAACUCCCCUUCUACCUGUGGUCUUCACUGUCCCUUUUACUGAGCACCUUGACAACCUAUUGGAUAUUGAUUGCUCUUGGCAUUGAUCUCAGUUGGUCGAUCAACCUGGCCACCAAGUGGUGCGCCAACCCCAGAUGGAUCCGCAUGGACACACGGCCUUUUGCGUCCCUGUGCCGUGAUGUGGCCACCGCUCUGGGGCUGGGGCUGGCCUUCCACUCCUCCUCCUACAAUCAGCAGAAAGGCAAGGAAUAUGGUUGGCUGCAGAGGGGCUGCUGUGCCAUCUUGACCCUUGGGCUCCUUCGCCUACUCAGCGAUGCGGCGCAACCAGAAGGUGUGGCCCUCUGGUACGGGGUGAGCUUUGUAAAGUAUGCCACCUUCCCUUGGGUGGUGGUUGCGCUGCUCCCCAGAGUGGUUUCUGCCAUGACCUCCAGGAUGACAUCACCCCACAAAGAGUAGGUAGUAGAAGGAAGUGCUUGUUCUUUGAGGAGGACCUUAGCAGCUUUAGAUAGGGAAGGAAUUCCAUAGCAAUUGGUAGGCUUUACUUUGGGGGCCUCCUUCUCUCCUGAGAUUCUUCCAUUGGAAAUCUUUCUAUCUUUACAAAAUGUAAGUUUGCCUCUCAAGGGACAAAAGUGUCAUUUCCACCGGCCAACAUGGGUUUUCUCUCCUGGUCUAAACAACUGUAUGAAAAGUGUAUCUUUGACACUUCUUCCACCCCAUUCACCUCAACCCAUGUCACUUACAGUAGUAAUAUAGGUAACAUGGACAAAGUUUGGAUGUCAUAACCAGCCAUUGUUUAAGAGUGGGAGUUUGUAAGCAAACAACAAACCAUGGAUGCAGAUUAUAGUUUGGAUCAUGGCUCUUUUGCAGAAGUAGGUUUGUGCAUCACUACAAGUGACAUUUCAACAACUCAGAGCUUAGAAAAGUUUCUUUUUUGGCCUACAUUUCCCAGAAUCCCCUCAGCCAGCCAACUGGGAAAUUCUUGGCAUUCUAAUCUAAAAAAUAAAUCUUGCUAUGCUCCAUAGUGAUAUGGCAAUGUGGCUAGUAUACAUAGCAUCUUUAGGGGUUUGUUGUCAAAACCAGGAAUUGAUUUUAGAUAAACCCUCAGUGGCUUGGGGGCAGCACUUUUGCUUGAGCAGUCAUCCCUAAAUGCUGAACUCUCUCCACUCCAACAUGUUUUUGGAAGCCUUAGAAGAAAGGACCAUCGGCUAACAGGAUCACCAAACAAUGGUGAUGUAAGCUUGAAAUAGGAUAUAUUCUCUUUAUCAGUAGCAGCUGUCCAACAUCAGUCUGGCUGUCCAUCCACUCUGAACAGUGCAGGAGCUCUCCAAGGGGGCCAAACUCUACCUUCAUCACCCUGGACAUCUUGCAAUGUUCACACUAAAACUCCCACUGAAAUUGGAGCCACUAGCCUCUGCUACUCCAUCAAGAGCUUGGAACAGGUACUUUUUUUGGAGUGCAACUCCCAGGUUGCUACAAACAAGUUGGUCACUGGUGAUGCUGUCCGGGCUGGGAUAUUCUAGGAAUUAUAGCCCCCAAAUGUAAUUUCUUUUCAAUCUCGUUUUCUUAUAUACUUCAUCACCUAUUCUUCAUUGCAUUCUAUAGGUCUAGCUCUCUCCAGUUUUUAAUGAAUUUUAUUGUAUGUGGAUUAAAGUCUGAGUCCCAUCCUCUCUUUAUGAGCAUUGUUUAAACUAUAUAUGCACACCAGAGCCCUCUUUCCACUUGUUUUGGUGGUCCAGUAAAGUAGGUGGUGGUGGAAACUGACUGCCUUGUUGUGCUGGACACAGAGGCAGACCAUCCCGUAAAAUAGAGAGAUCAAGUAAUGUUGUCUUGUUUUCCCUCUGCUUUUUACAAUCUUUGCCAGUUUCCUUUAUAAAAAACCCAAGCGUCAGUACCAUAAUAAAUUAAGGAAAUACCACAUUUACAAUUUGUGACCUUAUUUAACCACAUCCAAUGGAUCCCUUGCUUAGGUCUUCCUUUAGUUUCUUCCAAUUUUUACCAAAGAGUUUCCUUUAUAAAAAUGUAGAUGUUGAUACUACAAUAAAUUAUGGAACUAUCAA